UGAGGUCAUGGGGAGGUGUCCUGGGCCUGGAGCUGGGUUAUAACAGGUAUGGGAAAAGUCCCUCAGAAAACAUCAAGGGUACAGUGGGCAGGGAGGCUGUCCUGGGCCUGGGCACCGGAUCACACCUUUGUCUGUGGCAGUGAGGAUGGCCAGACCCCUGGAGCAGGCAAUAGCUGCGGUGGUGUGCACCUUCCAGGAGUAUGCAGGGCGCUGUGGGGACAAGUACAAGCUCAGCCAGUCGGAGCUUAAGGAACUGCUGCAGAAGGAGCUGCCUUCCUGGACCCCGACCGAGUCUCGGGAGUGUGACUACAACAAGUUCAUGAGCCUUCUGGACACCAACAAGGACUGUGAGGUGGACUUUACCGAGUUCCUGCGUGCACUCAACUCCAUCUCUCUCUACUGCCACGAGUACUUCAAGGAUUGUCCUCUGAAGCCCUCGGGCUCCCAGUAGCCUGCAGUGCUGCAGAGGACAGGGCAGGGUCUGCCCAACUAACUCCUACACUCCCUUCCCUCCUCUUUCCCCCACCUGUUUCAAAUGGGACUGCCCAGUUCACACCUGUUAGAGAACCUGGGUGCCCAGCUGGUGAGGCAGC